AUGUUCAUGUGGACAGGACCCGCUAGUAAAGAUGAUGAUGAUGAUUAUGAUGAUGAUGAUGAUGACGAGGAGAAGGUGGAUGAGAUUGAGGAUGAGAAUGAGGAUGAGCAGGAGUAUGAGGAGGAGGAGAAUGCGGAGGAGGAGGACGACGACGACGUCGCGACAAAUGCGACUAUGCCGAUGACGAUUUUUCGCUUUUUUUUUACAUUUUCACAAAAUGAGGUCUCAUGUAAACACGAGAGAUGGCGACAAAACAUCCAACUAAAGUCCAAGUUUAAAUUAGGUUCAAGCUUUUCUAAUGAGGUAAAUAUCUGA